UUCAAAGGGGAGUUGGGGUUUAUGACCAAGACAGUGAUAUAUUAAAAGAGUAGCCUUUUCUUUCUGAGUUGCUCAGUGUUUGUCACGGCUGUCUCAGGAUGUUCACCUUAGUGCUGCUGUUCCUGACAGUGUCAGGCCUCCACGCUGUUCCAAUCGCAGCCCCCAGAGGUUUGCAGGAGACAUCUUCAACCUACCAGCUCCCCGAUGGCUUUCAACAGGGCACUGAACACUCAGACAUCGCUUCCAUCCGUUCCUCUCUUGGCAUUGGAGAGAUGGAGAGAAGACACUGGCUGACAGAUGAAAUCCCUGUUGAUGUUCCAGCCCAGAAGAGUGGUGGUGGUUGGGUGCGGGUGGAGGAACCCUCUGCCCCUCAUCUCCCAGAUGGUUUCAGACAGGGAACUGAACCUAUGAUGUCGAUCCCAGAUGGUUUCAAGCAGGGGACUGAACCUCUUGUGUCAAUCCCAGAUGGUUUUAGGCAGGGAACCGAACCCCUUGUGUCAAUCCCAGAUGGUUUUAGGCAGGGAACCUGAACCUAUGAUGUCGAUCCCAGAUGGUUUCAAGCAGGGAACUGAACCUCUUGUGUCAAUCCCAGAUGGUUUUAGGCAGGGAACCGAACCCCUUGUGUCGAUCCCAGAUGGUUUUAGGCAGGGAACUGAACCCAUGAUGUCGAUCCCAGAUGGUUUUAGGCAGGGAACUGAACCUCUUGUGUCAAUCCCAGAUGGUUUUAGGCAGGGAACCGAACCCCUUGUGUCGAUCCCAGAUGGUUUUAGGCAGGGAACUGAACCCAUGAUGUCGAUGCCCAGAUGGUUUUAGGCAGGG